GGAUAUUGGAGGGGGACAUUGGUGGACGGACUGGGUGCAAGGAGCUGGUGUCAAUGGAGGAUCAGGACUCCAGGGUCCCAGCCCUGGAACCAUUCAGGGUGGAGCAGGCACCACCUGUAAUCUACUAUGUCCCUGACUUCAUCUCCAAGGAAGAGGAGGAGUAUUUGCUUCGACAGGUCUUCAAUGCCCCAAAACCAAAGUGGACUCAGCUCUCUGGAAGGAAGUUACAGAACUGGGGUGGGCUCCCCCAUCCCCGGGGGAUGGUUCCUGAGCGGCUUCCUCUGUGGCUUCAGCGCUAUGUGGACAAAGUAUCUGACCUCAGUCUUUUUGGGGGUCUCCCAGCCAACCACGUCCUUGUGAACCAGUAUCUGCCUGGGGAGGGCAUCAUGCCCCACGAGGACGGGCCACUGUACUACCCAAGCGUCAGCACCAUCAGCCUGGGCUCCCACACCGUGCUGGACCUCUACGAGCCGCGGCAGCCGAACGAUGAUGACCCUACAGAGCAGCCCCGGCCCCCGCCCCGGCCGGCCACCUCGCUGUUGCUGGAGCCCCGCAGCCUGCUGGUGCUCCGAGGCAGCGCCUACACGCGCCUCCUGCACGGCAUCGCGGCCGCCAGCGUAGACCCGCUCGACGCCGCCUCCCUGCCGCUCAACGCGGCCGCCUGCCCGUCCGCACGGCCCGGAGCCCACCUGGUCCGCGGCACCCGCGUCUCCUUGACCAUCCGCCGGGUGCCCCGAGUGCUGCGCACCGGCCUCCUCCUCAGCAAGUGAUGCCCGGCCCCGGGACCCGCUGGGCUUCCCAGGCUCUCCACUCCAGCGAGCUGUGACUCUGCAACCUUGAAACUGGGGCAGAGGCGGUUCCCCUGAGUUAUUUCCCCAGUAACUUUGUGGGAACCACAGAAAAAGACCUCAUUUCAAAUAAACAAACAAAAAUCUUC